AUGCCUGACAUCAGUGAAGACGACAUAUAUCGCGCGUCAUCUCAGUUUCGUUUCUGGUCCUUUGCGCCCGAACAGCUUGCUGCACAACGCCGGAAGACUCAUCAAUUUGCCCUGGAGCGAGCGCGUCGAUACAGCCCAGCAGAUGUCGGAUUUCUGACUGAGGAAGAAGAGCUUCGGCUCGUUCAGCGAUACUGCGACUUGAUCCGCACCACCAGCGACCAUCUUCAAUGGCCGAACAAUGUCAAGGCUACGGCGGUGCAAUAUCUCAAGCGAUUCUAUCUGUCCAAUUCCUGCAUGACAUAUCCGCCGAAAGAGAUAUAUAAGACAGCCCUAUACCUUGCCAGCAAGACCGAAGCCACACACACAAAAGUCACCGACUAUGCGUCGCGGAUCAGCGCUCAUCCGGAUGCCAUCCUUGCGCCCGAGUAUAAAGUCAUGCAGGCUUUACGAUUCACACUGGACGUGAAGCAGCCAUAUCGAGGGCUCAAGGGUGUGCUGAUGGAGUUGACAAAUCUGGUGGAUGGUCUGCUGGGACAGAUCGACGGCGCUGUGGAGACGAGCAGCGGCAAAAAGCUACAAGAGAAGCUGUUAGCAUUGCCUGGAAUCACGGCGAGCAGCAGGACGCCCUGGCAGGCCCCACCGGCUGGCGUGAAAAUGGACACUGUGCAGCUCAACGAUCGCGUGCUCGCCGCAUACAGCGCUUCCCGGGAGCUUGUUGACGCCGCCGCCUCGCUCACAGACGCAUAUUUCCUCUACACGCCCUCUCAGAUAAUUCUCGCAGCCAUGCACCUCUCCGAUGAGCCCCUCACGAGCUUCUACCUCGACACGAAGUUGCCCGAGGGCUCUCCUGAGCGAACAAAAAUCCUUGCGACCAUUCAUAGCUGUGCAGAGAUGAUGGCCGCAUAUGAUCCCAAGGUUCUUAUAUCCAAGGACGAGCGCAACAGGCUGGAGUCGAAGCUGGAGCUGUGUCGUGAUCCUUCCACAAAGGACAUGGUGAAGCUGCACGCGGCGAUGAAACGCGGAGAGGUUGACGAUGAAGAUGAUGAUAUCAAGGAAGCCAAGCGCAUGAAGUCAGAAAAGCAAAAGAGCGUCAAGGCGAUGGACGAUGUGUUCGGUCCAUCUCUUUCCAAGCCAUUUGGUUGA